AUGCUCCUCUACGACAACGUCCACGCUCCCAACCCCUUGGUUAUGCGAAUUUUCAUCUUGGAGCGUGGCGGCUUGGAGCUCGACAUUCAGGCUGUUGACAUUUUCAACCUCGAGAACCGUCGGCUUGCCUACCGUACCAACGUCAACUCACGUGGCGAAAUCCCAGCCCUCCGACUUGACGAUGGUACCAUCAUCACAGAAAUCACUGCGAUCUGUGGGUACCUCGACGAGGUUGCUAAAGGAGGCAACUCGCUUUUCGGUGAGACCCCGACGGAGCGCGCCGUCACCCGCAUGUGGUUGCGAAGGGUCGACAUCGAGCUCGCACAGCCGUUGAUCAACUGGUAUCGUAACGGCGAGGACACGAUCGACUUUUACCGAGGCAACCGUACUCCUGCUCCCGGAGCUAGGGUGAUUCAAAAAGUGCAAAUCAACCAGGCGCUGAACAUGAUGGAUGAUGAGCUUGAGGGAAAGGAGUACCUUUGUGGCAGCAGAUUUUCGGCAGCGGAUAUUCUGCUUUAUGGAAUCGUUAAGCCGAUGCUCGGAGUGGCCCCUUGGAUGAACUUUCCAGGACGUCUGAAUGUCGCUGCCUGGUUCAAGCGCAUGGAUGAUCGUGAAGGUUGCCAGAAGGGACUUGCUGGGUUUACGGAGCAUGUAUCUGUCUAA